AUGGCACAAGAUAACUUGACUAAUUUGUUAUCACAAUUAAGUGUCCAAUCGGCCCAAAGUGAGCACACAAAGGCUGAACAAACCUGUCAACAACUCUUAAAUAGUGGCUGUACUAAUCCAGGUGAUAUCUUGAAGAAUCUUCUGGUUUCUAUCAUUAAGCAAGAUAAAUACGAACAUGCUAUUACUGUUUUGCAGAAAUUUAAACAUAUUGAUGAAAAAUAUGGGAACAAAGUCGUAUUGGAAAAACUUUACAUAUAUUAUAAAUUGAAUCAAGUCCAAAAAUUCGAAAAGUUAUUCAAUUCCAGAUACCCAGAUGGUGUAUCACACUUAAUUAAAAGUAAUAAGGCGAAUCAGACUCAAACCAAAAGAGGGGUUUUACAUGUCAGAGCACAAUUCUGUUACAGAAAUGGACAAUAUGAUGAAUCCUAUAUGAUUUAUAAUUAUUUGGCAUCCACGAAUGAUGAUAAUUCCUAUGAUAACACUUUGGAAUUGGCAUGUAAUGAGCGUGUUCCAUUGUCAACAAAGCCCAAUUUAUCUACUUUGUCUCCAUUAGUUACUCAAUUGAGUGAAGAAUCAUACGAUUUAUUAUAUAAUGAAGCUAUCAUUUUAACCACCAAGGAGGAAUUUGAUCAAUCUAUAUCAUUACUUGAAAAGGCAUUAUCCAUGGCGAAAAAUGAAGGAUACGAAAGUGAUAUCGUUUCCAUACAGUUACAAUUGGCAUACGUGUAUCAAUUGAUGGCAAAUAAAGGUGAGUCUAAGGAUAUCUUAAAUGAGUUAUUAUCCAAAGUGGAACCAGGAAGUGUAUUCCAUAUACUCGCUAAGAAUAAUAUACAAUCAUUCAUUGAUUUUUCUAAAUAUUCCACAAACUUUAAUUUGAUCUUAAGAGACAUCAAUUUUGAAAAAGCAAACUCUUUAAAUUUACAAAAUUUUACUUUUGAACAAUGGUCCAUGAUUCAACGUAAUUACUUGUUUUUAAAACUGUUCAAUAAUAAUAGUCUUAAUCCACAUUCAUCAUUAUUAUCACGUACUUUACACAAUUAUUCCAAAUUAGUCGAUAAUAUUGCUUUGGAAACUUACAAGACACAAUCUAAGAAAACAUAUCAUCAUGCUCUAACUAUGAUAAACAGUAGUACAGGUGGCAGUACCAUUGGGUUUGUAUUAUUGACUUUACAAUUAUUAAUAGUUGAAAAACAAUGGGAUAAUGCAAUCAGACUAUCUGAAUUAUUCCUAAAUAAAUCGUUGGAAAAGUCUUCAUCGACCCUAUUAGAUGAAUCUAUUAAAAUAUUAUCUUAUAUUCUUUUUGAACUAUAUGGAAUUACGAAUAGAUCUAACUCUAAGUACUGUUUGUUACAAAAACUGUUCUACUUCGUUAAUGAACCUAAUGUCUCUGACGAUUCAUCAUUUUGGACACAUGUAGGGUUCCAAUUUCUACCAUUGGGAUCUACGAAAGAAGCAAGAAAGAUAUUUAGACAAAUUUCGUUAUAUUCUAAUGAUAAUGACGAUAAAGUUUCCUUAAUCAAGGAUUUCUUAUCUAAUGAGUCAUUUGAUAUUAAUAAAGGUGCCGAAAUAGUCUCUAAUGUUGACGUGGAAUCAUUAAUUGCUCAAGGUAUUGAUCCACUAUUAUCAUCGGAUAAGAAGAAGAUAAACCGUACAGUAAUCAAUAAAAUAACCAAGGAGAAAUUAUUAAUAAAACAUAAGAAGAGGAAAGCUCAAAAAUUGAAGAAGUUCUUGAAGAGCCAUAAUGUUGACUUAUCAUCUAAACCCCCAUCUAACGAGAGAUGGAUUCCAUUGAGAGAUAGGUCUACUUAUAGACCUAAGAGAAGACAACAACACCAAGCAGUUAAACAAACGCAAGGUAGUAUUAUAAAUAAGAAAGCUGAACAAGCUUUGGAUAUUUCAAAGAAAACAACCCCAAAGCCAAAAUCAUCCAAUGCGAAGAAAAAUAAGAAGAAGGGUCGUAGGUAA